AUGUUUGCCAUCCACUUGCUAGCUUUCCAUUUCACAAAGCUAAAAGAGGAUCAGAUAAAAAAGGUUGACAGGUACCUGUACCACCUGCGCCUCUCGGACGAUGUCCUGCUGGAUGUGCUGGCUCGCUUCCAGGCAGAGAUGGUGAAGGGCCUGGGGAGAGACACGAAUCCCACAGCAGCAGUGAAAAUGCUGCCAUCGUUUGUGCGCUCUCUUCCUGAUGGCUCAGAGAAGGGUGACUUCCUUGCUGUUGACCUGGGUGGCUCCCAGUUCCGUGCCCACCAGGUGAAGGUGUUUGAUGAUGGGAAGCAGAGCAGCCAGCUGGAGAGCAAGUUUUACCCCACACCCAAGGAGGUCACACAGGGAAACGGAGCCGAGCUCUUUGAUUACGUUGCUGACUGUCUGUUAGACUUCAUGGCGACCAAAAACUUGAAGCAUAAGAAGUUACCUCUUGGCUUUACAUUUUCUUUUCCAUGCAAACAGACCAAACUGGAAGAGGGGGUUCUUCUUGCCUGGACGAAACACUUCAAGGUCCGAGGAGUUCAGGACACAGAUGUGGUGAGCUCGCUGCACAAGGCCCUCCAGAAGCAUAAGGACGUAGAUGUUGAAGUCUUGGCACUGGUCAAUGACACUGUGGGAACCAUGAUGACUUGUGGAUAUGAUGACCCGCGCUGUGAAGUUGGACUCAUAAUUGGGACUGGCACCAACGCCUGCUACAUGGAGGAGAUGAGACACAUCGAGCUGGUGGAAGGGGAUGAAGGGAGGAUGUGCAUUAAUACAGAGUGGGGGGCCUUUGGAGAUGAUGGUGCUUUGGAUGACCUCCGCACAGAGUUUGAUCGGGAGCUCGAUCUGGGAUCUCUCAACCCCGGAAAACAAUUGUUUGAGAAGAUGAUCAGCAGCCUGUAUUUGGGAGAACUUGUAAGACUUAUUCUCCUAAAAAUGGCAAAGGAAGGUCUGCUCUUCAAUGGGAAAGUGUCAACAGCUCUGCUUACCAAGGGCAAGAUCGAAAUGAAACACGUGUCUGCAAUGGAGAAGUACAAGGAAGGCCUGAGCAACGCAAAAGAGAUCCUUACGGAACUGAGCCUGUUUCCCUCUGAAGAGGAUUGCAUUGCUGUUCAGCACGUCUGCACCAUCGUUUCCUUCCGCUCGGCCAACCUCUGUGCUGCUGCCCUGGCAGCCAUACUGACCCGGCUGAGGGAGAACAAAAAGCUCUUACGGAUGCGAACCACGGUUGGGAUAGAUGGGGGACUCUAUAAAACCCACCCACAAUAUGCCAAACGCCUGCACAAGGUGGUGCGACGGCUGGUGCCCAACUGUGACGUGCGGUUCCUGCUCUCUGUGAGCGGCAGUGGAAAGGGAGCUGCCAUGGUCACUGCGGUGGCACACAGGCUGGUCACCCAACGCAAGCAAAUCGAUGCCACUCUUGCCCCCUUCCUGCUGUCCCUCAAGACCCUCAGGGAAGUGAAGGACAAAAUGAGGACUGAGCUGGAAUAUGGGCUGAAGCGAGAGACGCAAGCCAAUGCCACAGUGAAGAUGCUGCCCACGUAUGUCUGUGGGACACCAGAUGGAACAGAGAAAGGAAAGUUCCUUGCCCUUGAUCUUGGUGGCACAAAUUUCAGGGUUCUGCUGGUCAAAAUCAGAAGUGGGAGAAGAAGAUCAGUGCAAAUGUAUAACAAAAUCUUUGCCAUUCCUUUGGAGAUCAUGCAAGGGACAGGAGAAGAGCUCUUUGACCAUAUUGUCCAGUGCAUAGCAAACUUUCUGGACUAUAUGGGGAUUAAAGGCGCUCGGCUGCCUCUGGGAUUCACCUUCUCCUUCCCGUGCAGGCAAGCCAGCAUUGACAAGGGAACACUUGUGGGAUGGACAAAAGGAUUCAAGGCAACAGGCUGUGAGGGGGAAGAUGUUGUUGAUAUGUUGAGAGAGGCCAUCAGGAGAAGAAAUGAGUUUGACUUGGACAUUGUAGCAGUGGUGAAUGACACUGUUGGGACCAUGAUGACAUGUGGAUACGAGGAUCCAAACUGUGAGAUUGGCCUUAUCGCGGGAACAGGCAGCAACGUGUGCUACAUGGAGGACAUGAAAAACAUAGAAAUAGUGGAAGGGAAUGAAGGAAAAAUGUGCAUUAAUACCGAAUGGGGAGCAUUUGGUGACAAUGGCUGCAUUGACAACAUCAGGACUAAGUAUGAUAAGGAAGUGGAUGAAGGCUCACUAAACCCAGGGAAACAGAGGUAUGAAAAAAUGACCAGUGGAAUGUACCUAGGGGAAAUAGUAAGGCAAAUUUUGAUCGACUUGACCAAACAAGGGCUGCUGUUCAGAGGACACAUUUCAGAAUCACUCAGGAAAAGAGGCAUAUUUGAAACAAAAUUCCUGUCUCAGAUUGAGAGUGACCGGCUCGCCCUCCUCCAAGUGCGGCAAAUCCUGCGGCAGCUUGGCCUGGACAGCAAGUGUGACGACAGCAUCAUUGUGAAAGAGGUGUGUGGAGUUGUCUCGAGGAGAGCGGCACAGCUCUGCGGGGCAGGGCUGGCAGCUGUUGUGGAGAAGAAGAGAGAGAACCAAGGUGUGGAGCACCUGCAGAUCACUGUUGGAGUUGAUGGGACUCUGUACAAGCUCCAUCCACAUUUUUCUAGGAUCCUGCAGGAAACAGUGAAGCAACUGGCACCUCAGUGUGAUGUGACUUUCAUGCUUUCUGAAGAUGGAAGUGGGAAGGGAGCUGCCCUCAUUACUGCAGUAGCAAAAAGAUUGCACAGUGUUGGACAGAAGUAGAAAAGAGAGGUAAUUCCAUCACUGUAGGGAUCUGCUGAGUGGUGAUUCAAGGUAGCUUUGCCAGACAC